CAAACAUUUUUCUUAUUUAAAAUAUUUUUUUUACAAAUUUUCUUGUUCAAAAUUCUUCUCUUCCUCCUCAAUAGUCUUUAUACGAUAAAAAAAAACCUCCAGUUUGUUUACCAUCACCCCAUAUCAGCUGUCAAAAUCCCUCAGCACAACAAAAACAAAACAUAAACAUCGAUAAAUGGUGAAAAUUUCAUUCGCAUAAUCAACACCAAUUGCAUCCCCAUCCGUGUGCUUUGUCGUUCCUUCUUUGCUGCAACGAAUUGCAGUACACGUUGCAGGUUUUGCGGUUUGUAGCGCGCCCGUUCGCACGAUGAGAAAAGUGGUGGUGAUACUGAAAUCGGAAAGCGACAAUGCGGACAGCUACGGCGCGCUGCUCGAGAAGCACGGGUACGUGCCCGUCUUCAUACCGACGCUAGAUUUUUCCUUCAAAAACUUGGACGUGUUGCGGGAUCACCUGCUGUCGCCUUACAAGUACUCAGGCCUUAUCUUUACCAGCCCUCGAAGCAUAACGGCCGUGCGGGAUGCGGUCCAGGGCCAGAAGCUGAAGGACGAUUGGAAAACGCUCGAAAACUACAGCGUCGGUGAAACGUCGCGCGAUCUGAUCCAGCGAACGCUUGACCUCGACACAAAGGGCCAUCAUUCGGGGAACGCUAGCAAUUUGGCCGACUUUAUCAAAACCGAUCUGUACAACAAAACCGUCACGAUGCCCUUCCUUUUCCCGUGCGGUAAUCUAAAGCAGGACGUGCUGCAGAACAAGCUGUCCGAGUAUGGGUACUCGCUCGAUUCGAUAGAAGUGUACGAAACCGUACCGCACCGUGACCUGGAGCAAAAUCUGGUCGCGCUCUUCCGUGGUGAGGAGGAAAACAGUGAUCGGACGAUCGACAGUUUACUCUUUUUUAGCCCAUCCGGGAUCAACUACUGUGCGCACGUGUUCGAAAAGCAUCGGAUCGACCUAACCGGCAAGCGGAUCAUAGCGAUCGGUCCAAGCACGAAGAAAGCGAUCGAAAACAAAGGCAUCACGGUGCACCGGACGGCCGAGAAACCGUCGCCCGAUUACGUCGUCGGAGCAUUGCUUCAGGAUACCUAAGGGGAAGCGAACGCGUCCGUGAUUACCAGCCUACUCCCCCGAAAAAGUGCAAUAAUCCGUCUUCGGUGUAUAUUUUUUUGGUCCUAAAUGUUAGCGACACUGGAAGACGACCACUCAUCAGAACAGAGAAAGAGAGUACUGUUGGGUACCGUAUACAUCUCGUAGUAGUGAUGCAUGAUGCAGUAGUAGCCAAGAAGUGCUGGAAAGUUGUAGAAUGAAGCGACUUACCAUACCAACCUAACUAAACGAAUCGUGAAUGUUAUUGAAAUCUUGUUGUUAUAAAGUGUAUACUAGCCAGUUGGAAUUAGCCGAAGAAUGAUGAUGAAGAAGGGUUUUAUUAGAAAAGGGAAUGAUGUCUUUCUAGUUUCCAUUUUCUACCUGUUUUUCUUAAAUUGCUUUCAACAUGUUAGAUCUUUUUAUUACGCAGAAAAGAGUAUUUUCUAUUCGCUCGUUCUAAUCCAACGUUUCUUUUCCUACUGCAAACUUCCAUCUAUCACUUCUACCGAUCUAUCGCCAGGACGGUUUAAAAGUGUCCAUAGCAAUAGACAAACCGAAAACAAAGAACAGACAAACAUCGUGAAGUCAAUUUUUAGCGCUGUUUUAGAGCGAUAAUGCGUGUGCGUUGUACACCUCCCCUUCGAGUAGAGAAUCGAACAAUAUAGUUGUUACAAAACAAAAAAGAAUAUGAAAAUAUGUAUGCCAAUUAAGCCAAACUGAAGAUACAAUAAUGAGCAAUUAGUUCCUCGGCUCACACGGCUACACUGCGUGAGAAAGCUGAAAAAAUACGGCCUAGCCGAAACUCUAUGGGACACUAGCGUGAACAACUUAGGAUUUUUUCGUUCAUAUUUUUAAGCGAAACAUCUCUUCUCUACACAUUUCUUAGCCGUUUAGUUCAUGCGGAUUCUCUUUUUUACUUCCUUCGUCAUAGUCGACAUUAAAUAUUCUUGUUCCUUUUUUUUUUUGGAAAUUAUUUCUUUUUCCUUAGCGAAAAAAAUUGGUAAAAUUAUUCUACUUUACCUUAGCAAAUUUAUCAAAAUCGUUCGAAAACUAGCGGCGUACAUCACCUAUUUGAUACACAAAUAAUUGUUACCCUUUUUGGAAUAGUUCCUUGUUUAAAUUACGUUUCGGGCGCGUUUGAAAAUAAAGCACUAGAGGAUUGCCAACAGUGGCAAAAUGUUGAUA